GCCGCGGCCCCGAGCGGGGGCUCGGCGCGGGCCCGCGAGAUGCCGGUGUCGCCGGCCGGAGCGGCUGCAGCUGCAGCGGCGGGGGAGGCGGCAGCGAGUCCCCGGAGGGGGGCUGCGCAGGGGGCCGGCGCGUAGCCGGGACUAUGGAGGGGCAGAGCGGCCGCUGCAAGAUCGUGGUGGUGGGGGACGCGGAGUGCGGCAAGACGGCGCUGCUGCAGGUGUUCGCCAAGGACGCCUACCCCGGGAGUUAUGUCCCCACCGUGUUUGAGAACUACACCGCGAGCUUUGAGAUCGACAAGCGCCGCAUUGAGCUCAACAUGUGGGACACUUCAGGUUCCUCUUAUUAUGAUAACGUCCGGCCUCUGGCCUACCCUGAUUCAGAUGCUGUGCUCAUCUGCUUCGACAUUAGCCGACCAGAAACACUGGACAGUGUCCUCAAAAAGUGGCAAGGGGAGACUCAGGAGUUUUGCCCCAAUGCCAAGGUUGUGCUGGUUGGCUGUAAACUGGACAUGCGCACCGACCUGGCCACACUGAGGGAGCUGUCCAAGCAGAGGCUUAUCCCUGUUACACAUGAGCAGGGCACUGUGCUGGCCAAGCAGGUAGGGGCUGUGUCCUACGUGGAGUGCUCCUCCCGGUCCUCUGAACGCAGCGUCAGGGAUGUCUUCCAUGUGGCCACAGUGGCCUCCCUUGGCCGUGGCCACAGGCCGCUGCGUCGUACUGACUCACGCCGUGGACUGCAGAGAUCUGCUCAGCUGGCAGGCCGGCCGGACCGGGGCACCGGGACCGAGAGCGAGAUACACAAGGAUCGAGCCAAGAGCUGCAACCUCAUGUGAGGGGCCGGGGUGGGGCAGAGUGUAAGGAGGGGCGGUGAGGACACAGCUGUUCCCUGCUGCACCUGGUUUCCGGGCCGCCUGACUCUGGUAGGGACCUCAGGGCAGGCCGAGGGAGCGCUUCUCCUGGGCAGGAGAGCUGAAGGCAGAAGGGUGCCACCAUUCCCCACCUCCUCAUCCCCCUCCUCCCCACAGCAAGUGGAGGAAGCCAGCGGGACAGGCAUUGGGGCCGGGAGCUGGGCUGGGGAGGGGGUUGGGGAAGCCGGCAUGGAGCAGUGACUUUGGUUGAGUCUUAGUCUAUGAAGGGUGCCUUCCCUCCCCACCCCCCGUAUCCAUAUCCUGGCCCUGGCUUCCUUCCCUAAGGAAAGUGUCCAUUCUGUGGCCUUCCUUUUUUUGCUCCUUUCCCUUCCACAGCUGUUCUCACUCAUCCUAACCUCCAGGCAACACGCACUAAAUUAAAAAGCAAGUUGAGAAGCCCCUCCCCCACCUACCCACAGUCCUAUAGCUCCCUCAAUCCCUUCCCCCAGCUGUCCCCAAAUAAAGCCCAUGUCCAUGGAAAACGGCUGUGGCUUUAGUUUUGUUGCUUUCUAAAAACCCAAUCUACCAAUUUCUAGCAGCAGGAGGGGGGAAGUUAGACUUCAGGAAGAACUUUCUUGUCUGUGCCCACAGAGGAAAAAAGCCAUGGGUCGGAUUAGCAGUGUCCUUUUAGGAGCCAGAGGUGGGGGAGUGAGGGAUCAUGGGAAUAUUCAUCUCAGUUAAUGAGCCAGACAAUCCUAAGGCCAUUUGGGGUUUUUUAAAGUGGACUGAUGUGCAAUUCAUUCCUCAGCCCAGCGGGGGCCCCCUGCUCGAGUGGGAGGGGUCCUGCUGAAGUAGUCCAGGCCCCUUGUACACCACCUCCACCCCCAACUUGGAAUCUGCUGGUGCUCUAGGAGUUGUGGGGGUAGGGAAAGUUUCAAAAACCUCCAUGUCGCAGAAGCUGACUCUUCUGUGCAGUGAAGUUACCCAAGGGACAGUAGUUUGAUUCUGGGGUUUCCUUGGAGGUGGGGGCAGGGGCUCUCACCUCCGUUCCGUCUUGAGCUCCUGGAUGAUUUUGGAGGGAACAUCAGCUGUGAGUUAAGGUCACUGCCCACCCUCCCCCCCCUCAACCCCAACCCCAGAAAGGAGGAAAGCUGGUGGAGGGGCUGGCGGAGCUCCUGUUGUCACGAAAGACAGUGCUGGUCUGUUUUCUUGGGAGUCUGGUUUCACAUUGUCCUGUAUUCCCUCCCUGGCUCUGUUCCCACUGGCCUCUUUUCGGUGACAUUCUCCCCCAGGAACCAUCCCUAGCGGUCCCCUCCCCCAGCCCCAGCCAGUUCUUCCAGACACACACUCUGGAAUAGAACACAAACCUCACCCUCCCAUCUGCUGGGUUCCCCCCGAAUUCGCAGCCCGUCCCUCCCUCGUUCAUUCAGCGGAUAUGCACUGAGCACCAACUGUGUGCUAGACACCGGCUUGGGAUUGUGAAAGGACCAGUCUCUGUGCUCUGGAGGCCAGCCCAACGGGGAAGAGAGGUACCCCAGGUGUGACAGUGCCUUGCCUGUGGGAGCUCCUUACAGCCUCAGGCACCCAGUCCUCUGAGCCAAGUCCUGAGGGCUGCAGGAGAGUUUGUUUGGCAGGCGUAGAAGGGGUAGGAAAGGCGCUCUGAGCAGAGGGUAAAGCAUGUGCAAACACGUGGCGAAGAGAAAGUGUGGCACGGUUGGGGCUGCCCUGACGAGGGGGGCAGAAGACAAGGCCCGGAAGGUACAUCAAGGCCACUGUAGGGCCCACAAAGGAAACAGGUCUUCAUUCUGAGGAUGUGAGAAGGCACCAGGGGUUCCAAGCAGAGAGGAAGUGACCAGAUUUGGUUUUUUGGAGAGAUGGGUAUCUGGAUGAGGUGUUGGGGACUAGGGGGAAUGUGGCUCUGAGGUGUGUCCUUUAAAACAGCUUCUCCUUCCCUAUGCCAGGGCCCAGUCUUGAGAGGAAAGGAAAUCCCAUCUGCUGCUGGCUCAUCAGACAGCCCUUUCCCUCCCUCUCCUACAGGACCCUGCCCCUGUCCAUCUCAGCUAAUCUCAAGGAUUCUGGGACAGCUUCAAGGGUCCUGGGCACCCAAACUGAGGUUAGGAGCUGACUCCAAGACUCUCCUCCAGGAUCCCGAGUCCUGGAUGGGAGGUGCUGGAGAGGGCUGGGUCCCAGCUAGGGGGCUCUGAGGACUGACUCCUCCCCCACAGGGACCUGCCACACCAUCAACCUGGGAUUUGGGGCCAUGGCUUUUUUCCCCCACUUUGGACUUUGAUACAAAGCCGACUCAAGCCUAUAGCCACCAAAGUGCAGAGCGUCUGGGCCCCUCUCUUCUCCCAACUGCCCUCUCCUGCCUCGCUCAGGGAAUGCAGAUGCAUCUCAAUAUCCGCCUAAAGCAAACAAAAUUAGGAAAAUAAAUCAGCGGGGGAAACCCCCAAAGUUUAAUACAUUUCCAAUACCACCGGGAACAGAUUGUGGUCUCCUGUGCAGGUCUGGGUUGCCAGACUUUUGACUGCCUGGGGAAGGGCGCUGUGCUGCUGGGCCGAGGAGCUCAAUGGGUGGGAGGAGGGAAUGGGGCUGUUUCUAGAUCCUCAAAGGCCCCUGCAGGCUGGAGGGAGAGGACUCUAACCCACACCCCAGAUGCCAGAGUCAGACCCAGUCAGACCCAGCUUCCUCCUCCGCAGCUGUUUCCCCCACAAAUUAGACACCCGUUUGGGAAACAAUGUAGCCUCGUUAAUCAUUUAAUGAAAUAAACAACUAAUC